AAUGUAUGUGUGCAUCCUUAAAUGCUUGCAAUUUGAAUGGAUUAAAGUGAUAGCAGCAAUCGAUGACGGUCGUUGCAUCCUUUCAACGCGGCUUGUUGGCAGGAUUAAUCGUUUUAUAAGCAAGCAAUAUAUAUUUGCUAUAAAUUAUCAUUAGAAAGUUUAAUCGAAACACAUAAAAGAGCAAAAUGCUUUCGCAACAGUUGCACACAGUGAUUUGGUUACUCAAUGGAGUCAUUGCACUUUACGCAUAUCCAACUAUAAAUCUACCAUUUCUAUUUAGUUCUUCCGCAUAUGGCGAAAACGCUUACAGAUUCAAAAAGAGCGGCUUGGAAAUACAAUCUGAUGCCGACGUGUUGGAACUAGAGCAUUUGAAGGACCAUUAUGGCAGUGAAAACAUAGAAGCCACUGUACAAUUGCCGUCAAAUUUUGAGCAAACUUUUGUGUCCGAUAUUGGCGCUGGUAAACCAGUUAGCGCUGAACCGCUUAGUGAAUCGCAAGAAUUGGAACGUCAAUUGGAGCAAAUGCCUGCUAUUACUACAAAACUGGAGAAGAGCACAACAACAGAGUUAUCGGUGGCACCAGUGGAGCCCGAAACGCGUGGCGAGCAACUUUCACCAGUUGAAGGUGGUGGCGUUCAUCGGCCACCCACCCUACAACAUGACAAUGGUGGUAAAACACCAGCAGAGGGUGGUGCGGCUAACCAACAGCAAACUGCUGAAACUGGUGCGGUUAUACCAAAUGGUGGCGGUCCGCCUGCACCAUCUGCUAUCAAGCCUUUCUAUGGUGCCGCACGCUUGGCAUUCGGUCAAAAUCCGGAAGUACUUCCAACGACCUCCACAACCGCCACUUCUACUUCCACGAGCACUACAACGUCAACAACAACAACCACCACUACUCAAGCAACCGUCCAAGCCACCAGCGCAGGCAAAGACAUAAAUGCACCUGAAUCAGAUACACUUCCACUUGACGUCGAGAGUGUCGCCGCGAAUGGCCAAGAAACCGCGCAAACGAAUCCAACAGAAAAAUUGAUCGAGCAAAUUAAACCAACAGCCCAACGUCGCUCGGUGCCCUUAAAGCCACAACAGACCGUCGAAACACUUCUUAAACGUCACAAUGGUCAAUUAUCAGCAUUUGACAUGGCGCAGUAUGUGUUUUGGACUGGCGAUGAGGCAGGUGUGGCUCGCGCCGUUGAAGAACUAAUCGAACGGGGAGUGAUGUCACGUGAAAAUGCUUUAGCAUUCCUACGGGAAGUACGCAUUGGCAUUGAGUACCUGCAGCAGUCAUAUACAAAUCGCAUCUUCCCAGAAGCAGGCCUGAAUAUAAAUAUUGAUAAGAAAAUGUUUGACAUGCCACAGACCAAACCGGUGGCACCGCCCACUGUCGCAGCAACAAAUGAAAAACCACUGCUUCCUUAUUUACAACUGGAGCGACUACUGCACACUAGCAAUCAAAAUCAAAUGAAACCAGUUGAAAGUGUACCAGUAUGGCCUAAAUUGCCAGUGCUAAACAGUGAAGGGACUCAAGAUCUUAAUGAUUACGAUGAGAACGGCGAAAGAGCUAAGAUAUCGCAAUUCUUGUACAAUGAAUAUACUUUAGAAGACAUUUUAUACAAAUUGGCUAAGAUUAUGUUCUCACAGUCGUUGGCACACGGCUCCGACGAAGCACAGCACGAAUUACAGAAAUUAACUGAUUUCUUGGAACGUGAGGGCAAUCUUGGUGUCAUACCAAUUGAUCUGCAGAAGAAAGUUUUACACAUCUUAUUCCGCGCUCUUUCCGAUACACUGGCUGAACGUCCCGAAUUAUUGUCGGUUGCCAAUGUAAAUCUCGCUAACACCUACAAUCGUCUUCCUCUACGUACUUUAGAACCAUAAAAUGGUCACAGCAACAAGUGAUUCCACAAUAAGUAAAGUUUUAUGUAAAAACCAUAUUUAUUUAUAAUUUUGUUUCAACAUUAUGAGGUAUGCUGUAGUUGGCGCCUGUAUACUUACAUAUAUCAUAUAAAUACUCACUUAUAAAUUGUAACACGAGUAAAGCGCGAUUUGCUCAUAGAUCGUCCAUUAAUAUCAAUGGCAAAUUAUUUUAUUUUUAUAAAGCUCCAAAAGUUAUAUAAUUUUUUUUGUUGCUAGCAAUAGUAAUGACUUAAAUAAUGAGUAUUUUGAACACUGCAUAGCAGCAUAAGCGAAUUUAUCUAUUUACUAGAGCUGAAAAAAUCGUAUUAAAACACAUUAAAAACCGUUAGUGUGCUGUUAAAUGCGAAAAUUCAAGUUUAUUAGAGAAGCGUAACUGAUUUUUGGCGUUAAUCCUAAAAUGCGAUAUUAUAUAUACACACAUGCAAUUGCAAGUAAAGCAGAUAUUUUGAUUUAAAAUCAAUUUAUGAUAACUUUGACACCUGCGUGAAUAAAACAAGAAGGCAGCAGUUCCGCAUUCUGUUUACAACGGUAUCAAUGGCUAAAUGUUUAACAUUUUAUGAUAGGCUUAUACCUUAUAAGAAUGUAUUUUGAGUAGACGCGUAUAAUUGUAUUUGUAUUUUAAUUGUAUUUAUAAAAAUACACAUGCAUAUACAUACAUACAUAUAUCCAAUAAAACACGUACAUAUAUGUUUACAUAUAUCGUUAAUGCUAAUUAGUGUAUGUGUUUAAAUAGCUUAGCUGAGCUGAGUUAUAUACAUUAGUUAGACGAUUAAGUACAAUAUUAUUCAAUUAUUCUUUUGUUUUAUAAAAUUUUGAGUGCAAAUAUAUCUACAUAUAUAUAUCUAUAAAUGUAAUAAAGAAUGGUUUCAAUUUGG